GCCGCGGAGGCGAGGAGGGAGAUGAAUGGGAGCGAGGAGGGGCGCUGAGGGUCUGCGGUGUCCGGAAGAGGAGAGCCAGCACCUGUCCGCGGAGGCACCGACACACCUGGAGCCCUCGGGACGCAGCAGCAACUGACGGCAUUGACAACUGUGUCUGCUUGUUUUAAGACUUUGCGAACCUUUUGUUAUAGAAAAAAAAAAAAAAAAAAAAAAACAUUCUUCCAGCUGCUCGUGGGACAUGUCUCUCCCUUAGCAGUUGAUUUUUCUCCAUAUCCUGCCCAGCUGAUGGAAAAGAUGAGUUGGGCGGCUGGGACUCAGUGUGUGGCGAAGGGGGACCACAAGAAAGUCAAACCUGGAGAGCUUGUGUACCAGAAAGGAGACAUCCUCACGAUUGUGGACUCGAGCACGAGGAAGGGAUUUUACAAGGCCAGACACAAUACCACUGGGGAGGAAGGUCUCAUCAAUUCCACCAAUGUGCGUGAAAGAGAAGCUCUUCGAGUCGACCCCAGCCUCAGCCUCAUGCCCUGGUUUCAUGGGAAGAUCUCCGGUCCAGAGGCGGUGUGUAAACUACAGCCGGCCGAGGAUGGCCUCUUCCUGGUGCGAGAAAGUAUUCGCCAUCCUGGAGACUACGUCCUGUGUAUUAGUGUCUCUGGAGAGGUCAUCCACUACCGGGUGAUUUAUAGAGACAACAAACUGACCAUUGAUAACUCGCAGUAUUUCUACAAUCUCAUCGACAUGAUAGAGUUCUACUCAAAGAAUAAAGGUUCAAUUGCUACAACCCUUCUUAAGCCUAAACAGAAACAAGGAACCAAGUCUGCUGAGUUGGAGCUAUCCAAAACUGGAUGGUUACUGGACAUUUCGAAACUCAAAUGGGGAGCGAGUAUUGGUGAAGGAGAAUUUGGAGCUGUGUAUGAAGGAGAGUACAUGGGCCAGAGGGUGGCAGUGAAGACCAUUAAAUGUGACGUAACAGCUCAGGCCUUCCUGCAGGAGACCAUGGUCAUGACAAAGUUACAACAUAAAAACCUGGUGCGGCUGUUGGGGGUCGUCCUUCACCAAGGCCUUCAUAUUGUAACAGAACUCAUGAUGAAGGGAAAUCUUGUUAACUUUCUCAGGACUCGGGGGCGUACCGUUGUAAAUAAAACUCACCUACUUCGCUUUGCUCUUGAUGUGUGUGAAGGAAUGGAGUACCUGGAGUCCAAGAAGCUGGUUCACAGAGACUUGGCAGCUCGUAAUGUCCUGCUAUCCGAUGACAGCACGGCAAAAGUCAGCGACUUCGGGCUGACCAAAGUCGACUCCAAAGUGGCCGACAAAGCCAAACUGCCCAUCAAGUGGACCGCACCUGAAGCUCUGAAGAAAGAGAAGUUCUCAACAAAGUCAGAUGUUUGGAGUUACGGCAUCCUUCUGUGGGAGAUCUUCUCAUUUGGCCGCCAGCCUUACCCCAAGAUGUCUCUAACGGAGGUCAAGGAAAGAGUGGAGGGGGGUUAUCGCAUGGAGGCCCCAGAGGACUGUCCACCCGGCGUUUACUCCUUGAUGAGGCUCUGCUGGGAGCACGAACCUCGCAGGAGACCUGGCUUCCCCAAACUGAGGGAUAAACUUGAACGAGAGAUGAGCAAGCUUCAACCCGGCCUUCCAGAGGCGCAUCAGGAAGACAACGGUCCAGGAUCUGCGUUCUGAUCUUGAGUUGUUAGGUGGCAGCAUUGGAACUAGUGUAUCAGCUGUCGGUGAGUUAAAGCUCACCCUCCUUCAGAUCUCUGGCGGAUCCUUAAAACUGCCUGUGGAGAAACUGAACUUUUUCUAUGUGAUGUUCUCUGAAAUCGACUAUUGUUUAGCUCUGAUCAUUAUGUGAUCCGGAAGAUGAGAAAAUUGAUUAUCGCUGAAGUCCUGAAUGUAUUUAGCUCUUUGGAUUAAUUGGUGUUACACACUAUGGCUUCCUCCAUUGUAUUUCUAUUUUUAUGGAUGUUCACGCCACAUAUUGGCCUGAACUGAUUUAAUAAAUGAAUAAUAAUAAUAAAAACAGAUUCUAAAAUAAACUAAACAAUGGAUCAAUUGAAAAAAAUAUUUUUUUUUUUUAAGAUACCAAAGUUUCACAUGUAACAAAAAUAUAUCUCUGAGCUUGGCCCAUUUUACAGACAUUGUUUCCAAGAGGAGGAAUGAUUAAUUAAUUAAUUAAAUGUCACAACAACCAUUAGAUGGACUGGAGUUUGAUGGAAACAUUUUUCCAUUUCUUUAAGAUAUCAGUGGAGUUAUAUUUUAUGAACUGUUAAAUUUGCAUUAAGCCUGCGUACAUAAAAAGAUGUUCCACUAAUUCUCAAAUUAUGCUCAUGCUGUAAACCACCACCAAAAAAAAAAAAAACCUUGAAAGCAUAAUUAAAGCUUUACAUUAGCCGUCUUCUAUCAUUUU